CGCGAAUGUUCUUCUCGUGCAAACCCUGUAGAUAUAGGUGUAUUGCCUAACUUUAGAAUUUUCAUUGUAACCAUCAUUCAUGAAUCAUGCCAUGUAUGUUUUAGCUCCUCGUCGUCCUCUUCAUGGUAAGCGUACUAUCUUCAAGGUAGAACACGACGACGAACGAUGACUACAUUCUGAUUGUCUUUUUAUUUAAGUAGUUCAUUUUGGAUUGCAUUUCUUUGAAACAGCACAGACUACAUUAUAUACCUAACGCUAAGAAGAACCAGAGAAACUCAAAACGAUCUCCGUCGGGCAGCGGGUCCCUGUGCCAUGGCCAGUGAGUGCGUGAACAGCACCUCCAACAUGCGGACGUCAAUAAAUAAGGCGCGUUGUUGUGGAGGUACUAGUUGAGAAAGCUGCAACUGCUGAGCAUGGAUUUCAACUUCAAAGGCUUCUUUGCCGCCUCCUACGACGAGCCGAGAGGACGCGGCGCAGGAAAGGCAAAGAGCAAAGCGGCCACGAAAGACAGUCAACCCGCGGCGGCAAAGGCCAAGCAGUCAGAAGGCGGUGCUGUCGUCAAAGCAGGCGGUGGUAAAAGCGGGAGUCCUCGGGAUGCGUACCUCGCUGCUGUCGACUCUUCGAAUAAGAAGGCAUCAUCUACUCCAGCACCUGCCCGCGGUGAGCAACAAGCGCGGCAAGUAUUGAAGCCUGCAAUUUUUGAGCAGGGCUCACCUAGUACGCCGAAAAUGAAUCAAAAUUCUACUGCACCAGCCUCUCCUGGCACAACGAAAGUCAAUAGCAUUAACAACCAAGGAGGUGCUCGCCCACCUGCAGGAGCUCCUGGUCCCGGUGGCCGGAAAUCGCCGCCGGUCACCCAGAACGUUGCGGGCGGGCGAGGUCCAUUCCUGCCUCCGGCGCCGACUGCGCCGAAAAUAAUUGAGACGGUGCGCCCGAUCCAGGGCUUUGCGCGCGGCGGCGACACCCGGAGUAAAAUACGCCAAGCGGCCACGGCUGGCAAGAACCAGCAACAGAUUGCAAGUUACGCAGACGACUGGGACCAGCAACAACCGAAAUCAGAGCUCAGCAGCUUCUUUGACAAUUACUGGGACGAAGAUGUCGAGGCCGACGGAGGGCAGACUGCAAAGGACAAAGGAAGCAAGGAGCCCAAUAAGCGCUCAGGGAGUCCACCUCAAGGUGCGAACAACAGGGCCCGAACGAACAGCCCGGAAAAUGCUAACACAGACGACAGCACCGGAAUGUUUAAUUUCCUCUAUGCGUUGAACGGAGGGGGCGAGGAUACGCCUAUCCAGGUGCAGCCAAAAAAGAUAACAGAAAAGUUCAAAGGACAGUUCAGUAAGACGACGGCGCCAGCAGGACCUCCCUCCUCCUCCAAGGCACCGUCCAAGGCACCUCUACCAGCAUCUGGGGCGCAGCAGGAAAAUCAAAAUGCUUUCUAUCCGGCCAAGCGUGUUUUGCAACCGGGCGCCAUCAAGAAUUUCGCAGGGCCAAGCGUCAUGUCGAAGCCAGGUCUCACCGGAACCCCUGGUGGCGACGUAGACCGCAACGUGAAGGACCUGAUUGAGGUAACACGGCUCAGCAACCGCAGUGACCUGCUGCUCGACGAAGCCGACCUCUGCAAUCUGAAUAUGGAGCAAAGGAGGAGCAGGACGAAAAACCAAAACGCGUAUUACAACGACGCGGCUGCUGCAUCUGCAACGCUGACGAGCGCCACAGAGCGGGAUAGCACUGCAAGUACCGGUCGCGUAGGUCGCUACCGGGAGAAAUUUGCCGGCGGAGCUGGCCCGCCGCCCAGGCCUCCCUCGGGGGGCAUAAUAAAACUGGAGCGAAACAACGUCCAACCAUGGAACAAUCCGCAGCCGGUCAAGGAUGGACAAGCAGCGCGCGGGCGAGGACGAGGACCAGGAAGAUCAGGCUCGUCUGACGUCGAGCCAUCUUCAGCGUCGUCCAGCAGGAGUAGUAUUGACAAAAGGGACGUCUUAGGAAAUAGAAUUGUCGUAACCGAGCGGCCCCGGGACCGUAGCGUUGGAAAAGGAAACGCUCCCGCGCCGCAACAGAAGUCGGCCCAGGAAAAUGUUUUUACGACUGCUCUUAACGUUGCGAAGAACAAAGCGAAAUCAAUAAAGGGAAAGAUCAACUCGUCGAGGCUGCGAGCGAAGCUGCAGGCAGAGGUAAAGGUGCAGCAACUGCUGACAUUCACGCGUGCAAAGAAGCGCGCCGGCGGCCGGGGGGAGCGCGCGGACUUACACCCACAGGCCAGCAGUGGCACGCUGGCGCAGCAUGACCACGCGCCCGCAAGGCAGUUUUCCCAGCCGCACAACGACAGCGGUGGCAGCCGCCCGGCGCCGGGCGGGAGCAAUCAGUCUUUGAAGAUGAGUGGCGGUGGGAUUUCGAACAACGGACCGACGUGGUGCCCAGCCACGGUUCGUCUCCACAACAGAGCACCACUCCACAAUUCGUCGGAUAGCAUCCAGCCCAAAGCAUUGCAACACUCCGGGUCAAAUUUGAACCUCUCACCCGGGAAGCAAGGCGUGUGGGUCGGGUCGGCGCGGAGUAAGGAGUUACUUCGUAGCGGUUCUUCCGCGUCCCAGCAGUCCAUCCGCGGUGCCGGAGACUCCAAACGUGGGCGAACGGUCAGCGUCGCCCAGCUGGACGGGGUGGGCAAGACAGCUUCCAUCCGUCUCUCCACACGUGCCGUGGCGGGUCCGGGUGCGGAGGAGAACGAUCACUCCACUUUCCUUCGGACCCGCUCGGGGUCGAGCUCUACGCCGGCGCCUGGAUCGCCGCGACUAUUCGCCCCCAACCCGAAGGCGGUUGCACGGCCGAAGCAGGGCGCGAAGCGCACCGCUUAUCUGCAGGAGAAUCACAUCCGGAUUCGCUUUUUGGACGGCGUGGACCCCGGCACGGAGAUCAUGCCCAGCCUAAGUGCCCCCAACCUUGCGGAGGUGGUCGAGCCGGAGGACCCGAGCACUGUGUACGACGAGUUGGUCCUAUGCAAUAAAACUAGUAUCGCCGCCCUCGCACCCGCGGCGCUUGAUUAUUUCAUGUAGAAAAUGUAUUUGAAAGUGUAAGUAGUGAGCAACACGGCUUCUUUUUGAUAUGUAAUUCCAUCCAGGUCGAAGUAGCAAAUUGUUUGCAAGGUAGCAUCAAUAAUUAAAAUUAUUAUUAUUCGUCGUAAUUCUUCUUCCCUCCGAUCUACGUCCUGCUUCCGUCCCGGUCCGCCGAUAGGGUUUUAUGGGUCUAGGGUUUAGGAUAUUUGAUAUUAUUCGUCGGGUCAUAGGAGACGCUUUUUGCAACUCACUGCGCUGCUCUCGAGCUGACCUAUUAAUUGGUCUUGUAAAAAGGAGAAGGAGUGCAUCCUACUCCAUGCAGCGACCUCGGCGUUGUCCAUGUGCACUUCCUGAAUGUGAACUGUUGCUGCCGCGGGGGCAUGAUUUUUCCAUUGCAUAGAUCGCGAAGGUGGAGGAACUGCUGCUGCAACAGUACGAAGACGUUAUCAAAAAGAAGCCAUACACAACGCAGUAUUUGAAGCAGUUCUCGGAGUUUGUGUACCGCACCAAGCUUUUUCUCCGAUUACUCGGGACGGACUGCGGCGAAUUUGAAAAACAACGGUUCCGGCUCCAGGAUGCGGAGAUCUGGCGCCAGCUCGUCCGCGCGCCGGACCACCAGAAAUUGUUCGAGGGCAUUCUAGGAAAAAACGUUGACGUGACGACCUUUCUCAGCAUUUACCUCGAUAUCGACCUGUCCAAAACGCUAGUUGACGCACUUGUCAAGCUCGAGGACCAGGAUUACCUGCAGGGCAAAGCGAAAGUGGUAGUCAAGCUGACACCGGAGCAGCGAAGGCUCGCAUGUGGCGCCGCCUCAGAGGAAUCUGCCGUGAUAAAGGAGCAAGCAGCGCAACUCGCCACCGCCCAUCCGCAACUGCAACCGCCAACCGACAGCCUUGACCGGCAGUUUUGGUUUUGUCUGCUCUGCGAGGAGAAGCACAAGCCGGGGCGAGACUUCAUGUUUUGCAGCAAGUGCGGCACCCACUACGAGAACACGGACCUGUACCUCUGCGGCGCAGGAAUGUCCGGGAACAACUGCAACUGCGUGCUGCGGUACGACUGCCCGUUCGGGAUCCCGCAGUGCCCCGACUGCGGCAUGUUGAGGACCAACUGGAUGAAAAUUUGGGAACGCUGGAAGGUAGACAACGCGCUGUACGAGGACGCGAGCGCCUCCAUCGACCUGGACGAGGCCGAAAUGCGCGAGAAGGGGAUAAGUCGCGAAACGUUGAUGCAGCAGCGCCUCCAACUGGCGAUGAACACGGAGGUGAACAAAACACCUCGGCCAGAAGAACCAGGUGGUGGCGAGGGUAGCAACGGUGGCAGCCCGAGGACAGGAGGGACCACGACGAACAAUCCGGGUGAUAGACUGUCGCUCUCCAUGUUCGACAGUCUGGGCUCGGCGGAGAACUCGCUCCUCAGGAACAUGCUGGUCGUAGAUGCGGGUGGGGGGGACAUCGACGGAGAUGACUUGUCCGAUGUGGAAUUUUUGGAAAUUGACGAGUAGGGGGUAUGUCGAAUCGCAAAUAUUUUUUUGGUACCUGUCUAAAUGACAGGAUAACGAAGAUACCGUAGUACCUACCUUUGGCGUAGGGAGAUUGUUCGCAACUUGAACUUUUGUGGAAGGCCUGUCAAGUUCAGGGAGGGUUUUAUUUCGCAAAAUAAGGCUACGUUUAUGUUGGUGACAUUGACAUCUGCACCGUGGCUCCUGGAGGAGCUGUAUGUGAUAUUUUUGGUAGUGGCGGGCACAACACAGAAGGGGUUGCUGCCUGGACGAAGAUGAUGUUGCGAUCAUGAGGGUGAAAUAAAAUAUUUGGUCAUCAAACUCUAAACUCAAUUAUAAAGUUUUCAUUGUGUUUUCUACGAUCAUGCUUUGUAUGAUGCUUUUCAACAACAUUCAUUGUGUACAAUCCUAAUCUAUGUACUUUCGCCCUCUUUGUCUUUUAAGAGGAAAAGAAAAACAAAAAGCGCUCCGCGUGGUCCAGGGACACACACACGAC